AUGGCGCCUGCGACGUCCGUCCCGCCCGCGCUCCCUCCCUCUGUAGAGGAAGCCUAUCGCCGAAAAUGCAUCCAACUUAAGCAGCGCACUAGCGAGGUGGAGGAGGCCAAUGAUGCCGCCAGGCUGCGCCUCGCCCGUCUGAAACGACAGGUCGAGAAGAUGCGGUUAGAGCGAGCCUUCCUGCUCGAGCAGUUAGUAAAGCGAACGAGCACGAACGUGGAGGACUCAGACGGCAGCCCGAGCCCACCACCGACACCCAAGGAAAAGCCUUUGCGCAUUAAGCGCGGCCAUCGCAAGCCUUCCGCGUUUCCCGCCAACCUCGAAGCCCCGUCAUCGAUCAACGCUGCCACCCCCGGCUCGACCACGUUUAUAAGUCAAAACCUGCUCGUCCACUCACCCAGCUCGGACGCCUACUCGGCCGCGCAGCAGGGUGAAGGGGGCAAAACCAACGGCGUGCACAAGGGCGCACCCAAGAAACCCGGUAGCGCAUUCGAUCUGUACUGCGAAGACACCAGGCCGUCCCUCAAAGAGAAGGCGAAGGAAGGCGACAGCGUGGAGGAAGAGCUUUCCAGCAGCUGGAAGGAGCUGCCCGAGAGCCAGCGCGACGAGUAUAAGGCACGCGCCGAUCGCCGGAUGGCUGAUUACCAGAAGGACAAGGACGUAUACGACGCGGCCAAGGAGAAGGAAGCUGCAGCCGCAGCCAGCGCUAAGGCAGCGGCGGCCGAGGGCAACGACAAGGCCGGGUCGGCCGAGUCGGACCAGGCCGCUGCCGAGGCGGGAGAGGGACGAGAAGCACAGCAGCAGCCACAGCAGGAGGAUGUCGAGAUGACGAAUUACGACACAGACCAGGAGACGCAAGGAGAGAGGCCCGAGGAGUAG